UUUCACCACUCCCACUUGUCUCUGCUUCUUUUCUCUCUUUAAUACUUUUAAAACAAAUUUAGCAAAACCAUCUGUGAUUUUCCGAGGAUGAAGUAAACUAUGGGUUUCUUCGGACGACUGUUCGGUAGUAAGAAGAAGCAGGAGAGGUCAUCACCGACGAAUAACAACAGACGAAGGUGGAGCUUCACCACCAGAUCCUCAAAUCCCGCGUCGUCUUCUCAUCCAAGCAAGAGACGUUCAAGUGAAGGAAUCUUGGAGGCUAACCAGCAUGCAAUAGCCGUCGCAGCUGCCACUGCUGCUGUAGCCGAAGCGGCACUAGCAGCUGCUCACGCGGCGGCGGAGGUCGUGAGGCUUACCGGAAGAGGAAGUGGUAGAACCUCGUCGGUAACUCAAACCAAUCGGAAUAACCGUCGGUGGAGUCAGGAGUAUGCAGCGGCGAUAAAGAUUCAAUCAGCUUUCCGUGGCUACUUGGCGAGGAGGGCGUUGAGAGCAUUGAAAGCGUUAGUGAAGCUCCAAGCAUUAGUUAAAGGGCAUAUAGUGAGGAAACAAACAGCUGAUAUGCUGCGUCGGAUGCAAACGCUGGUCAGACUCCAAGCUCGAGCUCGAGCAUCGCGUUCUUCUCACGUUUCAGAGUCACUCUCAGAGGCUGAAUACAUCAAGCUCAUUGCAAUGGACCAUCAGUACCAUAACAAUCGUUCUCAGAUGGGUUCGAGUCGUUGGAACGCACCGCUGUACAACGAAGACAAUGACAAGAUCCUAGAAGUAGACACAUGGAAACCUCACUUCCCUUCCUACCAUAAGGAGUCGCCAAGGAAAAGAGGAUCUCUCAUGGCCCCGACAAGUGUGGAUAACAGUCCACAAGUAAGGUCUAGACCAGGAAGCAGCAGCGGUGGCGGUUCAAGGAGAAGAACGCCGUUCACACCGACGAGAAGCGAGUACGAGUACUAUUCUGGGUAUCACCCUAACUACAUGGCUAACACCGAGUCUUACAGAGCAAAAGUCCGGUCACAAAGUGCACCAAGACAGAGACUUCAAGAGUUCUCUUCAGAGAGUGGAUACAAGAGGUCAGCGCAGGGACAGUACUACUACUACACAGCGGCCGCAGAGCGAUCGUUUGAUCAGCGUUCGGAUUAUGGAGGGGUUUCUUUCUGAUCAGUUAGGUCGAAACCAAAGUGAGUUCUUCAUUUCCCAAUGCUGAUCCUGUUUUUUUUUUAAUAUAGUUGAAAGGAUUUUUUUAAAAAAGUGAGUGGAAUGUGUAAAGUAGAGUUCGAGAUACAAGUGCAGACAGUGAUCAAUCAAUGUUCUGUAUUUUGUCUUUUGACUGGAUCCUACGGUACAGAUCUCGUACCAACAGGUCCACAUUUGUCUGAUAAAAAAAAGUUCAAUAA